UAAAAUUUUUUUUAGUAAAAGAAAAAAAAUUGAGAUCACCACAAAGGCACAAACUCAAAGAAUACCAACAUGUAGUAUGAGGUUGAAGUGCAUAUGCAUGUAGUGAAAUGCUAAAUAGAGGUAGAUGAUCCUGGAAUUGAGGUGAAGCCGGCAAUUAAGUUAGUUUGUUGCAUGCAGAAGUAUUGCAUGGUGGCAGGGACAAUGAAAUGAAUCUCAUCUCCAACGACGAUCCAUCAAGCACGUACAGGCAAGGGUCGAAGAUCGAAGGAUAUGCUGCGGAUGGGCGCGGCGGUGGCGGAGGCGGAGCCGUCGGGGCGGCAGCUGUCCGACGGCGACCUGCUUGAGGAGCUCCUGUCGACGGCGAACGCAGCGCGCGCGUUCCACGAGUUCCGGCAGUCGCAGCGGAAGGAGUGCUUCAACCUGCUGCGGUGGCUGCAGCUCCUCCUCCCGCUGGUCCAGGAGCUCCGGGAGUCGGCGCCGGCGCUGUCGGACGACGCGUACCGGCGGCUGGCCCUGCUGGGGCGGGCGUUCCAGGCGGCGCGGCGGCUCCUCCGGUGCUGCCACGACGGGAGCAAGAUCUACCUGACGCUGGAGAGCGAGGCGGUGAUGGGGAGGUUCAGGGGGGUGUACGAGAAGAUGAACAUGGCGCUGGAGGGGAUGCCGUACGCGGAGCUGGGGGUGUCGGACGAGGUGAAGGAGCAGGUGGAGCUGAUCAGCGCGCAGCUGAAGAAGCGGAGCAAGAAGCGGACGGAGACGCAGGACAUGGAGCUGGCCAUGGACCUGAUGAUGAUCCUGCAGAGCAAGGAGCAGGACGCCAACAACGCCGACCGCCCCAUCCUGGACCGCCUCGCCAAGCGCCUCCAGCUCCAGAGCCUCGCCGACCUCCGCGCCGAGACCAUGGCCAUCAAGAAGCUCAUCAACGACCACCAGUCCGACUCCACCAACCAGAUUGUCGACCUCCUCCACCGCCUCAAGGCCAUCGCCGGCGUCGACGAGAAGAACAUCCUCGGCGACGUCUUCAUCCCCAAGUACCUCGAGAAGUGCCCCUCCCUCAUGAUCCCCAACGACUUCCUCUGCCCCAUCUCCCUCGAGAUCAUGACCGAUCCCGUCAUCAUCGCCACCGGAAGGACCUAUGAACGCCGCAGCAUCCAGAAAUGGCUGGACGCAGGGCAGAGGACGUGCCCCAAGACGCAGCAGCCGCUGGGCCAUCUCUCCCUGGCGCCCAACUACGCCCUCAAGAACCUCAUCAUGCAAUGGUGCGACAAGAACAAGGUGGAGAUCCACUCCGGCGACCCGCCGCCGGAGCCACCCGAGGACCCCAAGGUGGUCAUCCCCACGCUGGUCAAGGACCUCUCCUCGCCCAACCUCGACGUGCAGCGCAAGGCCGUCAAGAAGAUCCGGACGCUGUCCAAGGAGAACCCCGAGAACAGGCUGCUCGUCACCGACAACGCCGGCAUCCCGGCGCUCAUCGGCCUCCUCCCUUACCCCGACAAGAAGAUGCAGGAGAACACCGUCACCUCGCUGCUCAACCUCUCCAUCGACGAGGCCAACAAGCUCCUCAUCGCCAGGGGCGGGGCCAUCCCCUUGAUCAUCGACGUGCUCAGGAACGGCAGCGUGGAGGGGCAGGAGAACUCCGCGGCGGCGCUCUUCAGCCUGUCCAUGGUGGACGAGAACAAGGUCGCCAUUGGGACCCUGGGAGGCAUACCUCCGCUGGUGGACCUCCUGCAGAACGGCACCGUCAGAGGCAAGAAGGACGCCUCCACGGCCAUCUUCAACCUCAUGCUCAACAAUGGCAACAAGCUGAGAGCCAUCGAGGCCGGCAUCCUGCCCACGCUGCUCAAGCUGCUCGACGACAAGAAGGCCGCCAUGGUCGACGAGGCGCUCUCCAUCUUCCUCCUGCUGGCCUCCAACCCUACGUGCCGGGGCGAGGUUGGGACGGAGCAUUUCGUGGAGAAGCUGGUGCAGAUCAUCAAGGAAGGGACUCCCAAGAACAAGGAGUGCGCGGUCUCGGUUCUUCUCGAGCUGGGCUCCAGCAACAACGCCCUCAUGGCGCACGCCCUCGGCUUCGAUCUCCAUGACCAUCUGGCCGACAUUGCCAAGAACGGCACCAGCAGAGCGCAGAGGAAGGCCAAUUCUCUCAUCCAGCUAGCUCGCAAGUGUUCAUGAGAAGAAGAAGAUCGAGUUAAUACGAACCAACUGUCAGAAACCGCAACAGUAAUUAUUCUUUUAUAUACUCCACUAGUUUUGGAUCAAUAGUAGAUAGCUAAUCUGUCAUGUUCACACACACACGUACAACAACUAACAUGUAAGUGAGAAAUUACAAAGAUUAAUUGUUUGUUGGCAUUACUGCAAUUUUUGUUGUAAUUAAGUCUCUAUACUAUGCUAUGGUAAAUGUAUAAGAGAAGUCGUUGUUGGUGUUUUAA